AUGGGAUGCUGCUAUACGACAUCCAACAGAAGAAUUCCAAACGGAAACAUCCAUUGUGAACUUGACGUUGAGUCAGCUGACUCUGGUCGUGGAGCUAGUGAAGAUGAUCCCAGUCAGUUAGGCGGUCAAUUUAUGCAUUUCUAUCCUACAUGUCAUGUGUCUAGUGUCCCACAGCAAUCACUUAUGCAUGUAAAUGAUUCAUCAUCUAUCAACGUAAACGGGGGAAGCAGCUCGACAUGUGGUCAGGGUGUUAAGCUUCAAAGUAAUUCAUCGAUUGAUGCGUCAGGUGCUGUUAUUCUAACCGGUGAAGGAUUCAGUGGUGGCAACAGUGGCGAACAAACAGAUUCAGGGUGGAACGGAACUACCGCUGUUCGACGAUUAAAACUGUAG